AUGCGGUUGGAAAGUGUGAAGGAAAAACUCUCGGAAGAUGUAAUUCGAGAUACUCUUGAGUUCGCGUUGCUAAACAUGGGGUCCAGAAAACAUAUCGUAUUCGGCAUAACUGCGAGAGCAAUUCAAUGCGACACCACAGGAGAAAAGAACGAAAAGCAUUACGAUUGCGAAGGAAGGAAGGAAUUUUCGCCUGGGAUCCACAAAACACGUAAUAAAUAUCCAGGCGUGCGGCGGUUAAAUAAUGGCAUCCAGUACAGCGGACACCUACACAGUCAUCAUCACUCGCCAGAACGCCACAGGGUUCAGGCAACGCGCCGGACGCACGCCCGGAUAGGCAGCGAGGGAGAGCCGGAGGCGAACAUCCGGCGACUCCCCUCCUCCGGCUCCGACCCGUUGCGCCGCUCUGCGUCGAGAAAGCGGGCGGCCGGACGUGGACGAGGACGAGGGCGAAAGCGCGUCCGGCGGCAGCCGUCGCGUCACGUGAAACGGCCGAAAAGUGGAGCGGGGCCGGGCUCCGAGGGGUCGAACGAAGCGAAUGAUGAGCGGAAGGUGCUCGCGCGAGCGGAGAGGGAGUGGGAGGUGGGCAAUCGAAUGCUGUUAGGGGGAGGGGAGAAGGAAGGAAGGAAGGGGGCGGGACGAGCUUUGAGCGACGCUGCUGCUGCUGCUGCUGCUUAUGCGGCUCCCCGUCCCGUCCCGUGGCCCUGCCUUCCCUUCCUUUCGCUGGUGGCAUCGGAGCGGGCGGGAUCUGCGCACCGGGCUGGGCGCAGGGCGGGGCGAGAGGCGAUCUGUCUUUGCGUGAGUGCCACAUCUCGAGCACGGCCCAUCGACAAGUGCAUGCAUGGCAGCGGCCGCAGCAGCACGACUCUCGUUAGCUCGUUGGUAGAAUACUGGUCGAGCUUCCGGGCAAUUGUUCGCACCAACCAGGCCGCGGAGCCGGCUUUGACGCUUUGCUCUGGCGUCGUCGGCCGAAUGCGUGAUAUUUUUGGUAUUCUAAGCUUCUGCGUGGUGUGCUCGUUGUUGUAG